UUAGCUAUCUAGUGUGCUCCGAACACCUGUGUGUAAGUUAAUUGGGGAGGAGCUGUAGUUCGCCAACUGGGGUCACCUAGAACACAGUGUAUGGAAAAACUGCAAAACUGCUACACAAUGGAUUUUCUUUCGUUCACUACCAGGAAAGUAGGUGGCGGCAUGCACCUUUAACAUGUGUUUGUGGACCGCCAUAAUACCAGAGAAGAAGAGGACAUCGCUUAGAAAAUGGGGGCUUGCAUGGCCUUAUGCUCCCUUGCUAGCUGUGCCUCCUGUCUGUGUGGCUCCGCUCCAUGUCUGCUAUGUGGCUGCUGUCCCUCCUCCAGAAACUCCACCGUCACCCGGCUGGUGUUCUCCUUCUUUCUACUCCUAGGGACCCUGGUGUCUGUCAUCAUGAUCCUCCCUGGCAUGGAGGCACAGCUCCAAAAAAUCCCAGGCUUCUGUCAGGGUGCGAGCACCAUACCAGGCAUGGAGAACCAGUUUAACUGUGAUGUCAUCGUGGGCUACAAGUCGGUGUACCGCAUGUGCUUCGCCAUGACCUGCUUCUUCUUCCUCUUCUCAGCCAUCAUGGUCCGUGUCCAGAGCAGCAAAGACCCGCGUGCAGCCAUUCAGAAUGGUUUCUGGUUCUUUAAGUUUCUGAUCCUGGUCGGCAUCACUGUGGGAGCCUUCUUCAUCCCGGAUGGAACCUUCCAUACUGUGUGGUUUUACUUUGGCGUGGUUGGCUCCUUCAUCUUCAUCAUCAUCCAGCUUAUCCUUCUCAUCGACUUUGCCCACUCUUGGAACAAGAUAUGGGUGGGGAACGCCGAAGAGGGCAACUCAAAGUGCUGGUUUGCAGGCUUAUUGUCAUUCACCUUCCUCCACUACGCACUGGCCUUCACCUCAGUGGUGCUGUUCUACAUAUACUACACCCAGCCUAACGACUGCACCGAGCACAAGGUCUUCAUCAGCCUCAACCUCAUUUUCAGCGUCAUCAUCUCCAUCGUCUCCAUCCUGCCCAAAGUACAGGAAGCCCAGCCCCAGUCUGGUUUGCUCCAGGCCUCUCUUAUCUCCCUCUACACCAUGUAUGUCACCUGGUCUGCCAUGACCAACAACCCAAACCGUAAGUGUAACCCCAGCCUGCUGAGUCUGGUGUCAAAUGUCAGCUCCAGUGAGCCCACACCCACCAGUGCCCCAGGACAGGUGCAGUGGUGGGACGCCCAGAGCAUUGUGGGUUUGGUCAUCUUCCUCUUCUGCACUCUCUAUGCCAGUAUCCGGUCGUCCAGCAACAGCCAGGUGAACAAGCUGAUGCAGACCGAGGAGGGCGGGAGUUAUGGAGGAGAGGGCGAGGUAGGGGAGGACGGUGUGCGAAGGGUCGUGGAUAAUGAGGAGGAGGGGGUCACCUACAGCUACUCCUUCUUCCACUUCCACCUCUGCCUGGCCUCCCUCUACAUCAUGAUGACACUCACCAACUGGUACCAGCCUGACACCACCACCCAGGCCAUGCAGAGCAGUAUGCCAGCUGUGUGGGUGAAGAUCAGCUCCAGUUGGCUGGGCCUGGGCCUCUACCUCUGGACCCUGCUCGCCCCUCUCCUGUUUCCCGACCGAGACUUCAGCUGAACAGCCUCACAUGGUGUCACCAUGGGCUUGUAAGAUGUUGUGUGGAAGUUUAUUAUAUAUAUUUUUUAAAUAUGAGUCAGCAUUUUUGCAUUGGUCUCUGUUGGUGUGUUUAAUCUUGUUUUGAUUUAUUUUAUUUGACAUGUUAGGUAUUUUAUCUACCAUGGCUGCGUGGGGUAUGGUUAUCACUACAUUAGGUAUUAUUGGACGCUUUUAAUAUCCAUACUGUUUUAUUGAUUUAGCCAUUCAAUUAUUUUAUUUGCCUAUAUGCAAAACUGCACUUAACUCUGUCUACCUUAACACAAUCUUCUGAGAUGAGCAUCGGUUUGUCCCAGAAUGCACAUUAGUGAACUAUAGCAAAGACUUGAUAACAGGCGCUUAUUACCUCACUUUUACAAUAAUAUAUUAGUUGGGAUUCCCAUGUUGUUAAAGUAGGCCUGGUUCCAGUUGAUUGUAUUUGUUUUUAUUAUGGAUCCCCAUUAGCUGCUGCCAAAGCAGCAGCUACUCUUCCUGGGGUCCAACGAAAUUAAGGCAGUUAUAAAAAAAAAAAUGUAAACAUUACAUUACAUUCACAACACAAGUGUGUGCCCGAGGUUGGGGAUUCCCCCUCAUUGGCUGAGCUCCCUCAGUUCUGGAGCUUUAAGAGAGACGAGGGAGAUAAACCAGGGGGGGUUCUCAGAGUCUGAGCCCUCUUACUGAAAUAAUGUAAUAUGUACACAUCCUGAUUUAAUGUUCACUGGACUGUGAAGUAUCAACCUACACCCUGCUCUUAACUACAUAUUUCUGAACCCUGGAGGUCAGUUGUAAUACCUCCUACCUACCCCACCCUAAGGCUUAGCUGUCUACCCCAACUAUGCCUGAUUCACCUAGGGCCGACCUGAAACGUACUGUGCUGGUUCAGAUAUUUUCUUUUCACAUGAUCCUUUCCAGCACGGUUCCAGAAACUAUGGUGGAUGCAUAUUCAGGGCAGUACAGCUAAGACUUGGUUUGGCUCAGGAGUGUGAUAAAUGUACUACAUGUUAACUCGAAAUGACACAACGAAAAGGUUGCAGUUUAACAAAGUUUACUAUACCGUAUGAACACACUACAAGGUACCCAUUACACUCAAGGCUAAGUCCAUCAACCACCAGACUUCCUGCGCAUGCGCACUAUUGACUGAGUGAUAGCGCCGUAAUAACAGAAAUAUAGGGAUACUUAAAACAUGAAUUUAACACUACAGUGCUCUCAACCCCAACCGUAGCCCAUUUAACUCUGGUGCUACACCAGGCCCUGUCCCUAAAGACAUCUGUGUUUCUGCUCUCUAGCCCUGUUUCUGGGUGUUCUAUAGCCAUAGUCAUGGGUCAGUGCUAAUACAUGCUUGUAUCUGCAGUGAGGUGAUGUAUUCUGAGCCGAUAGUGUCAAGCUCUUGGGAGCAGUUUCUCGGACACAGAUUAUUUUAUUUCACCUUUAUUUAACCAGGUAGGCUAGUUGAGAACAAGUUCUCAUUUGCAUCUGCGACCUGGCCAAGAUUACAUUUACAUUUAAGUCAUUUAGCAGACGCUCUUAUCCAGAGCG